GGCUCUGGGCUUCAGUCGGCUCUUAGACGUAAUCGCGUUCACUUGGGCCGAAGAAAGCUCUCGAUUCAGCUGUGGAAACAAUCGAAACUGCGUCGCGUUCGCAAUUAGCAGCGAUAAAUAAUUACAAAAGUACACAUACUUAAAUACAAACGAACUGGCCAGCGCCCAUCUGCCACAGAGGAUAUCUCGUUCGAUCCUCCCUGCCAAUACCAUAUAAAGCCAAACCAGCAACGACCAUCGGCACGUCCAUUCAACCGUUGAGCGAAGCCCACGCAAACCGACACAAAAUCUCAAACACAAAUCGUGAUAAAUUUUCGCUAAAUUGUGCAAACGUUUUUCGACUAAUUAAAAUUUGACGUGCAUACCAAAACUCCAACUUCGAAAGCCCCCAACGCGGGAAAUAUAAAUUGCAAGCGAGCUAAUUUCCGCGACGACACUUGGCAAGUGAAAUAAUGAAAUAAAAAUAACAAAAGUGGGAGAACAAAGCCGCAGAAACGAACCCACAUCAAACACAAAAUAAACGUAAUUAGAACUGCGCAAAUUACUUAGAACUGCAAAAACAUUUGUUCUCCCCCACACUAACGCACGAGGAAUGCUGUUCUGAGCUGAAUACCAUUUAAAUUGGCUAGUUUAAAUGGAAAGUGCGCAGAGUUCAAACAGCUCGAUGAGACUGUCACACAAAGAAUUUACUUAGGGUUGCAAUUCUUCCGAGAGAAGACCCGACAGGAGAGAGAAAAGCAAGACAGAUACAGAGAAUUCAGCCAAGGAUACAAGGAUACCAGGAUACAAACCCAACCCCAUACCCAUCCCUGAGCUAAGAUGCACACGGGAGCGGCGAAUGGAGGACCCAGGGUCAGCUUCAAUCGGGAUGUGCACGUGAAGCGGAUAGGCAAGCAUCCCAGUGAGUACGAGUCGCAGCCGAGUAGCCAGCCGAACUACCACCAGCUGCCCAAGGACAUCGAUCCCGAGGACAUCCGCAAGGAGGCUGCCCUGGUGAUCGCCCAGGCGGGCAGGCACCACAGCAAGGCCGAGAACGGCGACCACAUCCCCAGUUUCCGGGCCAAGCAGAAACGCCAGAGCCAGCCCAGCGACUUUAACUCCCUGCCCACGCGCCGCAGGAAGGGCAAGCCCGUGGCCCGCAGCGCCAGUGACGCCUCCACCAAAAAAGCGGCCAGCAAACGGCCCUCCAUCUUCGGGCUCUUCAGUCGCAAGAGCGACUCGAAUGUCAGCCAGUUGGACAGGGAUCCGCGCUUCGAGGACGGCGGCGCCCGGCGUUUAGUGCGCAGCAAGAGUGAUGUGGGCAGCAGCAAGCUAGCCAGGAGAGCGGAAGACAAGGUCCACCAAGGCGCCACCAGCCAGUCCAAGCAGCAGCUGAGCCCCAUCAUCGAGCAGGCCCAGCGGGAGGACUUCUUCGAGAAGGACUACUUCCGGGAGCGAGAGCGCCGCAAAUCAGACGCUGUCACGCCGCGCGAAAAGAAUGAAAGCGUUCGCGGCCUGAACGAGUUACUGGCCAGGAGUCGCUCCCAAGCGGAGCUAGACGGUCCGAUCCUCCCAACAGGCCCAACAGGCCCAUCGGGAGGUGCUUCCAUUUCGGCGGGCAUUCGCGACAGGAUCGAGACCCUGCAGGCGAAGUCUGGCGAGAAUAUGCACAGCUCCCAGCAGCCGGCGGAGCGUCUGCCGCUCACCAAGGGCCGCACCGUAAACGGCCUGGUCAAGCGCUUGUCCAUGGAGCGCUUCUCCCCGCAGCCGGUGAUCAGCCAGCCGGCCUUCUCUUACAUUCGGCCCAACGAGGGCAUCACAUAUGCCCAGCUGGAUCUGGGCGAGGAUCAGUUGCGCCGGUCGCCACUGGAGAGAGAUGUGCGCACUCCCCAAAGGGAGUUCGCGCCCGCUAGGCCACCGAGGGCCAGCGAUGUGCGCCCCAGUUACUCGCCCACAUCCCAUGCCGCUCCUUUGGCCAGCAGGACCAGUCACUCACCUUCGCCCUGGCAGCAGCUGAGUCCCCGCAAUCUCAGCGACGAAGACGAGGGCUUGGGCUACGAGCCCAGGAAGGUGUACUAUGAGGAGGAGUUCCCCCGAAAGGCGGAACCUCCCAUUGUGCCUGUCAUCAGGAGUGUCAGUCCCUCGCCCUACCUGGACGAGUUGGGCCAUCGACGGGCUCAGCUGGAGACGCGUAUCCUAACGCGGCGGUUCGGGGAGGGAGCAACCUUGGAGCGGCAAGCGGACAGAAAUCGGGAGGUGGGCAGACCCACUCCCGAGCGGGAGCCAGAGCGCUUCCACCGACCUCUGCGCCAGGAGCUGUCCAGCGAGUUUCCACGAGAGAGUACCCAAGUGGACAGUGGCUCCACGCUGCCCAGAAUGGAGAAGACCUCUCGCUACCGCCACACCAAGUACUAUGACGACGGACACGGAGGCGUCAAGGAGACCUAUGUGCGGGAGACCCAGCGGGAUGGACAGGUGCGGGAGUCGCGGCAUCGCGAGCGCAUCGGCGAACGGGAGCGAGACUAUAACUCGGCAGAUCGGCUGGAGCAGGAGCCGAAGAGCCUCGACUCUCAAUUGACGGAUCAGUACCGAUCCUCGCCAGAACUGCGCUCCCAGCAGCCCCAGCCGCGAGAGCAGCGGGAGGACUACUGGCAGAGCAGCCUGAAGCGGGAUAAGCUGCAGCAGCGCAGCUUCGACAAGGGCGACUCUGGCAUUGAGAACGAUUUCCGGAAGGAGUCCUUCAACGGGGACUUGACCACAAGAUGGCGCAAACGCACUGUCCUUGAUGACAUAAGGGCCUGCGAGUCAUUCCUGCGCAAGGAGCGCCGGGAUAGCGCCCAACAGCGCCAGUUGCAGCGGCAGGCGGUACCGUCGCGCCUGCGCCACGAGCACAGCUACGUUUACAGGGAGCGGUCCAUCGACGAUGGCUCGCACUUCGACCCGCAUCUGGACAAGUACCCGGUGGCCACCAGCACGCUGCGUCGCAGAGAGCAGCAUUCCACCUCCCAGAGCCAGUCCCAGCCCCAAGUGAGAGAGGACUCGAGCACCCUGAAGCGGAGCAAGAAGCUGGGCGGCUUCGAAAAGGUGAAGCAGCUGUUCACGGGAUCUGGCGGAGGCGGCAGCAAUGGGGGCAGUGGUCGCAGCAGCGGUAGCAACGUGUCCAGUGGCAAGAAGGAGCAGAUGAGCAACGGCAACAGCAGCACUCUGAGUCGCCGCGACAAGGAUAAGGAGCGGGAGCGGGAGAAGGAGCGGGAGAGGGAGCGCUACAUGGUCAGAGAGGAGGAGAUGCGGUCACGCUACCGCGAGCAUCACACAUCCGCCCAGGAGACCUCACGCGAACCAAAGACUAUCGAUAUCUCGAUGCGGCGCCGACUGUCCACGCCCAAAGCUAGUCCUCUGCUGGUGAAGCGCAGUCCGGCGGACAAGCCGCCGAAGAAACAUCCAAAGCCGAAGGAGUCGGCACCCGCGAAGGUCGAGAAGACGAGCUGGUUCAGAUCGCUGGACCGCCGGGCCAAGAGCAGUCCCAAGGAGCUCAAUGUAUCCGUGAACGGACACAGUGAGACCACUUCGAGCUUGAAGCGGACCAAACGCAACACGACAGCUGCUCCAGCCAAGAAUCUGCGCUUCUUUGGCGACACUGACCUGGACUCGAAUCCGCCAACCAUUUCCAAGGCCGCCAGCAUGCCCAGGAGCCGUCCUCCGCUGGGUCAGUCGAAGCACUCGCAGAGUGCCUACCACCUGGACCGCAGUCCUCCUCCACCAGCACGGGACUACCGCCACUCGCUCGCCGGUCAGCCUGAGGGCCAUAAUAGAAAUGGUAGCAGUCGUCAGCGGGCUAGCUCCAUGCAGCACCUGGACAACGGAAGCGACGAGGUGGACUUCCGGAAGAGGCGCCACUACUCGCGGUCCCGCGAGUUGCACGACAUCUCGGAGAGCGGCUCGGAGCCAGAGCCGGCGGAGCGACAUAAGAGGAGCAGCACGGCCGGGCAGCGGGCCAUGUCUCUGGAGAGAACGUUGGAUGCACCGCGGGGCCAGCGCAUCGAGGAUCGCCCGCUGCUGGGACCACCAAAGCCGGCAAGGAGUGCCGAGCGCCGCGGACUGCUCAACAGCCUGGGCCAGGAGAACGUUGGCUACGGCAGAGAUCGCUAUCCGGCGGAGAGUUCCGGCACUGAGGGCGAGUCCAGCUUGCAUAGCCAACGCAGCGUUGUCUAUCUGCACGCCACCACAGUGGGCGACAUCCCACAGCCAUACAACCUGCGCCGGCGGUCCAUGUCGCGCGACGACCUUCGCAAGGUCAAGCCGCAGGCGCCCCAGCAGCCGCCGCCCCUCCAGCCCAUGACCCGCACCGUCUCCAGGUCCGUAUCCAUGCUGGCCCCCUGGAAGCCCAAGCACAUCAGCGAGGGUUACGAGAUCAACUACUCGCAGGAGCAAAACAAGCGGAUGUCCACACUGCCGCGGAAGCCACCACCACACAAUGGGGCCACCAGCGCCAGCACCUUGAGCCGGAUUGGCCGCAAGAACGAAUCCUCCACGCCGACGCGACGGUACCACAUGGACAGUCUUGGGCGCCCGCCACCCCCGCGGUCGGUGCUCUCCGCGUCGAAUUUGCGCAGCGCCAGGACGAAAUGAAGCGAGUGGACGACCCUCGAAGCCUCCACCCGGUGCUCCACUGUGGAGGUCCGGAGCCCAAGCGCACCUAGUUGCUAGUUGUAAUCAUUAAUGCGAACUCGAAACGUAAUUCUAAUCAAUUCAACUGACGGAGAAGGAGAAGGAGUAGGAGGAUGGCAUCCCGACGAGAGGCGAUGCCCUCACUUAGUUGCGUAGGAUUCUUUAACCUUUGUUGCAAUUCUCGUCAUAUUUUAAAUGUGAAAUGUAUUCGUACUCCAGUAAUAAUUAUAUUAAUAAAAUAUCAGACUUUAACUUA